GCUUGUACCUCCUCCUCUCCAGUCAGCCUGUAAGGGUAGUAAACGGAGGUCGUACAUAUCAAGACCCGCUGGUGCGACGAGAGACUGAUACUUGAAGGUAGCCGUUUCAGCCAUGGGUUUCCGAAAGAAGAACAAGAGUCCGCCGGUGUUGAGCCACGAGUUUGUAAUCCAGAAUCACGCGGAUAUGGUCUCAUGUGUGGCGAUGAUCAUUCUGCUUGGUCUGAUGUUUGAGGUGACGGCAAAGUUUGCAAUCAUGUUCAUAACAGUCCAGUACAAUGUCACUCAAACUCUUGAUGACCGGCCUGAGCCUUUGGUGCUUUAUCAGUAUGGACCCAAAGACAUUGCUACUGUGUUUUUCUAUCUUCUUAUUGCUGUCAUACUUCAUGCCCUGAUCCAGGAGUAUGUGCUUGAUAAAAUCAAUCGGCGACUACACCUGUCCAAGACCAAGCACAGCAAGUUUAAUGAGUCUGGACAGCUGGCUGCCUUCUACCUGUUCUCCUUUGUGUGGGGAUGCAGCAUCUUGACCGCGGAGGAGUUUGUGACCAACCCCACGUUCCUGUGGGAAGGCUAUCCUCACACUCACAUGGCAUUUCAGGUGAAGUUCUUCUAUAUCUGUCAGAUCGCCUACUGGUUCCAUGCCCUUCCUGAGUUGUACUUUCAAAAAGUCAGAAAAGAAGAUAUCCCUCGCCAAUUGUACUACAUUUGCCUUUACAUCUUCCACAUCACAGGUGCCUAUGUCUUAAAUCUCCACCGUUUGGGCCUAGUCCUGCUGGUGCCGCACUACCUGGUGGAGUUGCUGUUUCACGCCUCGCGCCUCUUCUACUUCAGUGACGAGAACAAACAGAAAGGGUUCACGCUGUGGGCUUUGCUGUUCGUGAUUGCGCGGCUUCUGACCCUCACGCUCUCCGUACUCACCUUUGGCUUCGGGCUCUCGCGCACCGACAACCAGGGCUUCUCCCUGGCCCAGGGCAACUUCAACGUGCUGACUGUCAGGAUGACCUGCCUUUCGGCCAUAUGCCUGACCCAGGCCUGGAUGAUGUGGAAAUUCAUCAACUUCCAGCUGAAGAAGUGGCGGGAGCAGAGCCUGACCCAGGCCAGCAAGAAAAAGGCCGUCAGCCCAAAGAUGAAGCCCUCCAAGAAAGACUCGUCUCGAGGAGGUUCUGCAAACGGAGUGAUGAAGCCAGACGACAAGACAUCGCCCAGAGCGAGAAAAUCAAAAGCAUCGUAGAGAAGUAGAGACAGUUGAUUGGAGGAGGAGGAGGAGGAGGAGGAGGAGGAGGAGGAGG